AAAGGUGAAGAAAGGUGGCAACAAAAACAAACCCCAUCAUAUAUUAUUAUUCAUUUUUAUACAAAAUUAUUAUAUAAGAUCUAAAGUUGUUUUCUUUUGAGAGAGAAAACCCAUCAGAAUUUUUUCACAGAAUUUUCUUUUGAAGAUCAUGUGAAAGUUUAGAGAGAGAGAGAUAUUCAGGAAUUGUGUGUUCUUCUUCUCUCUCCUCUUUUGCCCCUCUCUCUCUCUCUCUACCUCUUCUUCCAAUUUUAAUUUUCUUUCUUGUUGAUGUUCUCCAAGCUUUGUAUUAUGAGGGAUAAAAAGUAAUAUGCAAGGUGUCCAUGGGUAAAAAGGGAAGUUGGAUUGCUGCUAUAAAGAGGGCUUUUACACCCAACUCCAAGGAAAAGCUUGGAAAUGAAUUUGAGAAAAGGAAGAAGAAAGAAAAGAACAAAGGAGUUGGAAAAUUAAGAUCAAAUGGAGAGUCCAAUUCCUUCAUUCCUCUAUUUAGAGAGCCAAGUAGUGUUGAGAAGAUUUUCUUGGAUUUUGAAAGAGAGCAACAAAGAGUAACAUUUAGGCCUUCCUCACCACCAAUAACACCUCCCUUUGUUACUCCUAGAAAUAAUGCUUCUCCUAGAAUCUCUUCUGCUCGACGACCCUCUCCAUCCGUCUCUCCUCCUAGAAAUGCAUCUCCAACGAUCAUAAAUCGCCCUAAGGAGUUUCGGUUUCGACCCGAACCAACUCUUCGGAACCAUCAUGCAUCAGCAACUAAAAUUCAAGCGGCAUAUAGAGGUUAUGUGGCAAGGAGGAGCUUUAGAGCAUUGAAGGGGUUGGUGAGACUUCAAGGAGUGGUAAGAGGGCAAAAUGUGAAGAGACAAACAAUGAAUGCAAUGAAGCAAAUGCAGCUUUUGGUUAGGGUUCAAUCUCAAAUUCAGUCAAGAAGGAUUCAAAUGCUUGAAACUCAGUCUCUUCAUCAUGGCCCUAACCACAAGGACAUUAUUGACAGUACUGCCUUAGGCAAAUUGAACUUCACUCAAGCUUCAGAGGCAGCAGGUAACCAAGAAGCAGAUUGGGAUGAUAGUUUGUUAACAAGAGAAGAAAUAGAGGCAAGAUUGCAAAGAAAAGCUGAGGCUAUUGUCAAAAGGGAGAGAGCUAUGGCUUAUGCAUAUUCUCAUCAGUUAUGGAAGGCAAGUCCAAAUUCAGCUCAAACAGCAAUGGCAGAUAUCAGAGGAACUUCAGGAUUCCCAUGGUGGUGGAAUUGGUUAGAGCGUCAAUUACCUCCUUCUUCUUCUAAUGAUAACAACAACAACAAUAAUAAUAUUUCCAAUUCUGAACCUCAAACUCUAAAAAAUUUCCUUCUAGCCCCUCAAACUCCACAACAAAACCAAGCCACCACCACACCAACUAAUAACAAAAACAGCAACAUUGAUCAUCAUCAACCAAUGACUCUCACACCCAAAUCCACAAAGUCAGCCAUCCUCACCACACCGAAACCGUCUCGACCCUCCCCAAACAUGUUCCGAACCCCGCCACCGGGAACGUCGAGGUCGUUCUCGAGGGCAAGAGGUAGUACUGAUCAUUCUUCACCAUUAUUUUUUGAUAUGGGAAUUAAAGAUGAUGAAAGCCUUACUAGUUGCCCUCCUUUCUCAGUCCCACAUUAUAUGGCUCCAACAGUUUCAGCCAAAGCCAAACUAAGAGAAUGUUCAACACCUACACCUAUUACUACUACUACUAAUAAUAAUAAUUCUCAAUCAAAAACAAGAAUUUCUUUCCCUUUCAGAUGGAAGAAUGAUAAACCCAAUUUGUUCUCAAAUAAGUCUUCAAACAAGAACUUAUCACCAAAUAUCAACUCUCAAAGGGGUUUGGAUUAUAAUAAUAAUAACAAUCAUAAUAACAAUCAAUCUAUGGGGAAUUUGAGUGUGGAUUCUUCUAUUUCAUUGCCUGCUGGAAUUGGAAGAAAGCCAUUUAAUAGAUUUGUGUGAUUUUUCUUUCUUAUUAUUAUUAUUUCCAUUUUUUAUUUCUUGUCUCUUUAUUAUUGAAUGAGUGUAAACUAAUAAAAGAUAUGCAAUAGAUGGGGGAUAUCUAAAAUCAUAUACAGUUUGAAUGUAAUUGGAUUUGUAAAGGAUUUACAACAAAACAUUGAGUAAUUCUACAAUUUAGUAUUAUAUAUAAAUAUAUAUUGUUGCCCAUUCCUUA